AUGGCGAUCGCGCGGAGCCACGUCGUGUCGCGCCCGGCGGCGGCGGCGCGGUACGGGUCGUCUCCGGACCUGCUGGCGGCGUCGCUGCAGCAGUCGUUCCGGUACGCGCGGCUGUGGACGGCGUUUCAGCAGUUCUUCGGCUUCUUCGCCUUCCUCCUCACGCUCUG